AUGAUAGAUCGAAUCGAAGCAUUCCAUAAUCGUUGCUUUUUGCAAAGUGACAUUAAACCUGAUAAAUUUUUACUUGAGGCAAGCUCAUCACCUAUAGUGAUUUAUCUAAUUGAUUAUGGGCUUUCAAAAUACUAUAUUGUAUAAUUAGAUGUAACUUAUAUAGAAUUCAAAAGGGGAUCAUAUCUAAUAAAUUUCGAAAGCAAGUUUGAUUGGUACUGCCAGAAAUGCUAGCAUUAGUGUUCAUGAUGAAAUAGAAUAAUUAAAAUAUUCAAAGAAUUCAGAAUUUUAAGUCGUUAUCGUUAACAUAAUAUUAGCUAAUGUAGAAAUAUUAUUCAUAGUUUUAGUUUUGAAACUGUAUAAAUUUAUUUGUUCUCAAUAUACUAUUCUUUAUGAAAAUAAACAAUUUAAGGAAAAUUAUUCAUCAUUAUAGAAUCAAAACUAAUAAUCAUUUAACUAAAAACUAUUGCAUUGUUAACUUGAUUCAUAAAGCAUUGUUUAUUUUCUUUACAGUUUAUUUUUAUGA